AUGUACGACGCGUCGGUGAGAUAUGGGCUACUUCUUGAGCUGCUAGAUAUUGAAGCCAGUCACAAGGGGCUCUGCGCCCUUCUUCACAUCACCAAGAUCCCCGAUUUCUCCAAGCGGAUUCGAACAUUGAUACUCAAGUCUCCUUAUGAGAACGAGCCAGCUCCGCCAGACUACUUGAUGGCUGAUUGGGCUAAAGCCGCGUUUCGAGCGCAAAUCGUCGACGAUAUAACAACGUCUUUGGAGGCUAGCGAGACGGUACACCUUCUCGCGCAAUGUUUCCGGAACUUGAAAGACGCCCCUAUGCUAUCGGAGAUCAUCGUUCACGGGCGCAACUUGUACGGUCUUGUUCCCGCCGCUCUGGCAGCAAGUGAGUUUCCGCGCGAGAUCGCAAUCUUCGAGGUACUAGCGCAGCCUGUCGUCAAAUCAGGCUAUCGCAGUGUUACGAAUUUCCCAGAGGAGUGCGCGUCAUAUACCAAAGGUCUGAGCAUCAAAGCGCCCGACUCGGCUUUCGAGGAUAGGACGCCACUUCAUAGGAAGCUGAAAAAGCGGAAAAAAAGACAGCUCGGCAAGCAAGGCUACCACUUCAAAGGAUAUCAGCCAAGCUAUCGAGAGUUCUCCAGGUUUCUUGCAGCGUAUAACGACAUCACCCAUCUUCAAAUCGCUGGAUGCGAUAAAUUGCCCAUGUUACGGCUCUGCGACGGAUGCGAAGCGGUGUUCAAACAUAUUGCGACCGCGAACUUUCCUCACCUAACCUAUCUCUCUAUGGAUAAGACCUACGUGAGCGGGGGCCGGCUCCGCCGCUUCGUCAAGCAGCACACUACGACACUGAAGGAAGUCCGCUUCUCAUCCGUUUCUCUGACGGAUGGCUCAUGGAAAUCUCUAGCCCAGGGCUUGCUCAAACUACCACAACUCGAGACGCUCUACCUCGACUCCCUCUACCAAAAGCACGAGGUCACCAAGUCCAAGAUUCCGUCUUUCUCAGACCAGAGGUGGUAUCUCGAGCUCGUAUAUCACGGAAAGUCCAACAUCAAGCUCUUUCUGCAGAUGUUCCUGCAGCACUUCUGGACGGCGAAGUUCGGUCGCAAACCAUAUUCUCGUGGCUAUACCACACAACCGUCGCGCAAGACUCGGGCAAGAUACUACGAGGUGUACAUGUAUGACUUCCCUGAAGUUGUGGCGAGUAACGGAUAUAUGGAAGCUGCAUACGUUGAGAAACGGUAUGCGGAAGAGGUCUUGGACGUUAGUUCUGACUGGAGUGAUAUGCAGUCGUACAGGAUUUACUACUAG